UAAAUUAUAUUAUUUAAAAAUGUUUGAUUAAUUGUAAGGAAGUUAUCACGCAUUCAAUAAUAAUGACCGCGCAGCAGAUUCAAUUAAAUGCAGGAAUCAAUGUAGACGAAAGACAAAGAAGCUCUGUGAUUGAUUCGCCGGUCAAAGUACAAUAACAAAAUAACACGAUUACUCAGCAUCCUAUGCAACGCAAGAAUCUCAAAGCGUGCAGACUGAUAACAAAUAACGCUCGUUAAGAACGACAUAGAAAAUCACGAAUCCAUAACUAAAACAUACCGAAAAGCUACUCAACGUCAUGUCAACGGAAACGGAAUUUCUGGACGCAUACGCCAAUAUACGGCAUGCCUAUAAGGAGGCCAUGGCACAGGUAGAGCAGGCCAUCAGUGACGAGGAGCGUGAGGCUGUUGCCGAUGCCAUUGCGGCCUAUGAGCAGGCUGUGCGAAUGAUUGAAGACAUUUUUACCAUACCCGUUGGUUUGCCUGACGAAAUCGAUGCUGUACAGACGGAAUGGAACGAUGCUUGCGCCAUUAUACAAAAAUUAAAAAGUGCUAAGAUCGAGGUUACAUAUCGCUUGAAAGUAUUGCGGGCAUCUAAUGCGCCAGUCGACAAUAAUGCCUUGGAGGCGACAGAAGGUGUUCUUUUAGAUGGUGUCGAUGGAGGCCAGAUGGCAGCAAAAAAAAGUCGCCCAUUACUGGUGGAGAAUCCGGCUACCUUUUAUGACAUUGCCAAUGGAAGUGGCACUCCAAAGACAUAUAGAGAGCUAGCUGCUGGCUUGCGAGAGUUGCUGGCCACUAAAGAUGCGGCAGUACAAUUUGAUGAUUUGUUUCAGGCGCAGGUGAAGUUAUAUCGCAUUGAAGCUAGCGGCGUGGUGAUCACAGUAUCGGGCAACACAUCUAUGUCGCUAGUUAUGUGCACCGUUGGAGGAAAGUGGAAAUACCUGAAUGGUUUAUAUUUCAUACAAUGUGAAAUGCCACAGGAAAACGCAGCGUUGCCUUCACCGUCGUCGUCUGUGGAGCGAACGUCUAACAUGAUCUGGCUAUAUCCCUUGAUACCAACAAUUACCAAUUGCUAUCGCACAGAAUACGGCGCCUUCAUAUUCCCGGACGUGGAGUCGACCCAAGCUGGUAAUGCUUUUGGCAUUAUGUUGGUGAAGCGUCCAGAGCAUCCGUUCAGCACAGCCGUCACAGCUGGAGAUGAGUCCGAGCAAAUGGCAGAUUUGCAGCAGUUCUUUUUGGACUUGCUUGAGGCUGUGCUGGCGGGUACUGUGGAGCAAUUGAAAUCUCCGCGCACACAACGUUCUACGGCACUCAGUGGCUCUGAGCAGGUGUCGAAGCACAUUGUCUGUGCGGCAGAUUUUAUAGCGCGGAAUCUGGUCAAGGGCGCUGAAAAGACAGGAGGUCUGAUGAUGAGGACCACGCCAUAUUUGAUAUCAAAAAUGACUCCAGCAACGCCCGACGCUCAGACUCAGGUGCCAGCUUCAGUUCAAUCGACGGUGGAGGUGGCACAAAAAGCUACUCACGCUGUUGCUGGCAUGACCGGCUGGAUUGCUGGAAAAGUGGGCACUGCGUCUGUAGCGGUGGGUCGAUAUUUGGCGCCCCAUAUACAAACACAGGGCUCUAAACUACUCCAAAAAGGCUUUGGCUACGAUAGCCAUGAGGCUAACAGCACUAUGGAGGGCGCCAUGACAAUAGCAGCAGGCGCAGUUGAAGGAUUUUCUACUGUUUUCGAUAGCUUGGAGACAUCUGCAAAAAUAUUGGGAAAUAGCUUAAGCGAGAAUUCUGUUAAAAUAAUUGAGCACAAAUAUGGCGAAUCGGCUGGCAACUUGGCUUGUGGAACAUUUAAUACAGUUGGAAAUGCAUUUGUCAUUAGUCAAAAUGUAAACUACAUACACCCAAAGGGCAUUGCCAAGAAAAUGGUUAAAAAAACCGGUGAAGCCGUUGUUGAUGAUUAUAAACGGGAGUUACGUAGGAAUGAAUCUCAUUACAUUACCGCUGGCAAUAUAUAUCCCGAUCUGCGUGCUGUAAAGGAAUGAAAAUUGGCAGUCACUGAUAUUAAAAUUUAAACCAAAAGAAUUAAUAAUGUUACCAAAAAGUAGAUAUUGCAACGAUUAUUUUUAGUUGUACCACCAAUUUAUAUUUGUUUAGUUUCCAAACUAGUUUAUAUCUAUGAAUGUAAAUGUUAAAUGGGUAGACAAUAUGUAAAUGUUA